AUGAAAUCAAAAUUCACCUCAACCACCGUAAGCUUUUUCCUCAUAUUUUGUAUCUUUCUAUUGAUCAACUUCGUUAGAGCCAAAAACAGUUAUAACCCUAAUACAUCAUCCGCUCAAUGUCCCCCACCACCACCUUGUAUUUGUAAUCCAACACCAUCGUUGCUGCCACCACCCAAUAAGCAAGCACCACCAUCAUCAUCCAGUGCCCAACCAUUGCCUCUACCAGCGAUCACACCACCCCCUCCAUCAGCAAUCACACUUUCACCUCCUCCAAUAACCACACCACCAAUAUCACCUUCUUCUGGUGACAUAUGCUAUAAGAAUGAUACCGAAUUACGGAUAUGUGCUAAUAUAGUAACAGCCGCAGACGGUCUUUUAACCACUGGAAGGGCGGAGCCAUGUUGUUUCAUUAUCCAUAAUCUCUCUGAUGUUGAUGCAGUUACUUGUCUAUGCAAAUCUGUUGGAGCAAAACCAUCUUCACUCUCUCCUAAUUUUAAUAUUUUCUUCAAAGUAUGUGGUCAUAGAAUUCCACAAAGUUUUAGCUGUCCCAGACUAUCCCCAAUCAUCCCACCACCACUGUUGAAUCUUCAAUCACCGCCUCCUCCACAGACCGCACCACUCCCUCCACCAUCAACAACACUUUUGCCUCCUCCAAUAACCACACCAUUACUAUCACCUUCUUCUGGUGGCAUAUGCUAUAAGAAUAAUACAGAGUUACGGAUAUGUGCCAAUAUAGUAGCAGCCGCAGAUGGUCUUUUAACCACUGGAAGGGCGGAACUGUGUUGUUCUAUCGUCCGGGAUUUCUCUGAUGUUGAUGCAGUUACUUGUCUAUGUAAAUCUGUUGGAGCAAGACCAUCCUCACUCUCUCCUAAUUUUAACAUUUUCUUCAGGAUAUGUGGUCGUAGAAUUCCACAAGGUUUUAGCUGUCCCGGACUAUCCCCAACUAUCCCGCCACCACUGUUGAAUCUUCGAUCACCGCCUCCUCCACAGACCACACCACCCCCUUCACCAUCAAUAAUACUUUUUCCUCCUCCACUGACCACACCACCAAUAUCACCUUCUUCUGGUGGCAUAUGCUAUAAGAAUGAUACAGAGUUACAGACAUGUGAAAUUGUAGCAGCUGCAGACGGUCUUUUAACCACUGGAAGGGCGGAACCAUGUUGUUCCAUCGUCCGUAAUCUCUCUGAUGUUGAUGCAGUUACAUGUUUAUGCAAAUCUGUUGGAGCAAGACCAUCCUCACUCUCUCCUAAUUUUAAUAUUUUCUUCAAGGUAUGUGGUCGUAUAAUUCCACAAGGUUUUAGCUGUCCCAGACUAUCCCCAAUUAUCCCACCACCACUGUUGAAUCUUCAAUCACCGCCUCCUCCACAGAUCGCACCACCCCCUCCACCAUCAACAACACUUUUGCCUCCUCCACUAACCACACCAUCACUAUCACCUUCUUCUGGUGGCAUAUGCUAUAAAAAUGAUACAGAGUUACGGACAUGUGCCAAUAUAGUAGCAGCUGCGGACGGUCUUCUAACCACUGGAAGGGCGGAACCGUGUUGUUCCAUCGUCCGGGAUCUCUCUGAUGUUGAUGCAGUUACUUGUCUAUGCAAAUCUGUUGGAGCAAGACCAUCCUCACUCUCUCCUAAUUUUAAUAUUUUCUUCAAGGUAUGUGGUCGCAGAAUUCCACAAGGUUUUAGCUGUCCCGGACUAUCCCCAACUAUCCCACCACCACCGUUGAAUCCUUGAUCAUCACCUCCUCCACAGACUGCAACACUCACUCCACAAGCAACGACACUUUUGCCUCCUCCACUAAUAACA